GGCGGAGACUCCCGCGAGCCGCCAAGUUACAACUCCAGGAAAUUGACUCAAGGCGCAAGGAGGGGAAAGCGCGCUUGUCGCGCUACGCUUCGAAGCUGCGAGUGGAGGGGGCCAAGCGGAAGCUUUGUGGCCGGGGGGCGCGGAGGAAAAAGCGGAGCUGGCGAGGACCCUCUUUGUUGUCCAGCCAAGUCCCACCGUGUCAAAGGGAUCUUACUCCCAAGUGAAGCGCGUCCUUAAUGAGGGCAAGAAACCUGCGCUGCCCUGUGUGCGUGCGUGCGUGUGUCUUUCUCCCAAAGCGGGAAUCGAGCCUGUUGUUGCUGUGGUUACAUUUUAAGGAGAAAACAAGGCACGGCUGCGGGGAACUUUUGUUAGUGUCGGGCCGCUUGCUAAGCAACCGAACGGAGCGCGCCAGGGCUGCCUGGGGUCAAAAUGUGGAGAAAUGUUGAAUGAAGCCGCAAUGUGACCUGCUUUUUCAAGGCUUGUAUUGCCUCCCCCCGCUCUUCUAGAAGCCGCGAUGAAGUGGCACAAGUGAGCCUCACCCCCACUUAUUUUUCUUUGCCCCGGGAGGUUCUUCUGCCACGCCACCCUGCAUCAGUCUGCCUUACCGGGGAUCACGGGAAUGUCCAACGUGGGAAGUGAUGGCUUUGAAUGGCAGCAGCUCCCCCAACAGGAGGAGGAGGAGGAAGAUGAGCUUGAGGAGGGUGCGGAUCAGGAUGGAGUCCCUGAUGUGGGAGAAAGCAAACUUGCAAGGGGCAUGGAUCAGUGGGAUGUCUUGUCCCCCCACGAGAUACCGGAGGACAACGGACUUCUGGAAGAGCUUAAGGACAACCAGGGGUUUUUGGCAGAAGGUGACUGGCGCUUUGACCUCGGUGAACUUCACGAUUUUGCAUGUGCAGGAGAGACCGACCGCAGGAGUCCCACUGACCCACACGAACAUCUAGAGGACAGUAGGAGCCCCGAAAACCAUGGCCUGAUUCCUACCUGGCGUCUGCACAGAGGCCCAGAGUUGGCCAUCCCAGAAGAUGACCAAGGUCUAGACAGCUCCCAGGAUCUAGACAAGCGAGGACAGGCGUGGUGUGCCAACAGCGAGGGAGAGUCCUACCCUGAACUUUCAUACGAGGGCCAGUAUGGGUCAGAGUAUAGCGCCAGUCCUGAGGCGCUGAGAAACUCUCUGGCCUUGUAUAAGUCCAGCAAAUCCUACAGUUUUACCUCUGAAGGUGAGGAUGAGGAAUUCUCGGAGAACUCCAACCUCAGCCCCUCUCCCUCUGGGCCUCCUCCGGAGUGCACCCACUUGAAAAUAGAUGCCUUUGAGACUCAGAGCCUACAGGGCGAAAGUCAGGAGUUUCCUGAGGAAACAGCGCUCACCUACCCAUCAAGGAGAAACCCUCGUGGGCUCAGUUCUCCGGCAGGCUCCACACACCGGAGUCAUAGCCCCUUGUCUGAAGAAGACCUUCAGAAUCCUCCUGGCAUUGAGGCCGAGAUCUUCCCAGAAUCCUCCUGGGUGGAGAAGCUGGGCCAACCUGUGGGAGCUGUUGUCAAGACGGCUGCUGCUUCCGGCAGAUCCAGAUCAGCUAAGCGCUUUCCUUUAACUGCGGCUAAACCCAAGGAGAGGCCUUUGGAUCUGAACGGGGCGAUGCAAGUGCCUCAUACCCUGAGGCAAGUUGGCUAUCAGCAGCGGGAAAGACUGUGGAAGCUGAAAGCGGAUGUGCCUCAUGGGCUUCCAUCCAAACUGAGCAGGCAGUCAAGGUCUCUGAGCCCACAGGGGAGGGCCGCUCGGGGAAAGGCAGGGGGGUCUGGUUCGAGCAAGCCCAUCCAAGCAAGUCAGGUGUCCCCGAUCAUGAGUGACACCUCGCGGUACGGCCGAGGGCAGCUCAACUACCCGCUUCCGGAUCUUUCCAAAGUGGAGCCUCGAGUCAGGUUCCCCAAGGACCCCCACAGCUACCAUCCGCCCCGGGGGAAGACUCUCCCGGCGAGGGCCAAAGAGUCGAGGAAGCCAGUGAUCUUCAAGUCCCCUGCUGAGAUUGUCCGCGAGGUGUUGCUGAGCAGUGGUGAGGGCUCCCUGCAGAAAUGCCCCACCAUUUCUGUCAUUCCUGAGGAAUUCAAAUCCCCAGAGCAAGCUACGGAGCUGGUACAUCAGCUUCAGGAGGACUACCACAAACUCCUGACAAAGUACGCUGAAGCUGAGAACACCAUUGACCGGCUACGUCUGGGUGCAAAGGUGCGCCUGUACUCUGACCCUCCAAAGCCCAGCCACGGGGUUCAGAUGGGGACUGUGUCUCAGGCCUCCAAGGUCAUGACCUUCACCAUCCCUCAGGUCAGGACAGUGGAGGUCACAGGGAGGUCUAGCCCAGCACUGGAUGUUGCUCGGAAUGAAGGGUUUCCUGGAGUGCAGGCGGGCUCCUUCUUCCUUCCCAAUUCCGCGAUCACAGACAUUCCUGGAGCGGACGGCUGCACCUCUGCAGAAACACCAAUUUCAGGAGAUCAUUUGACACGGCUGUUGGCUGCCCAAGCAAGCAAAUUUCAGACUCAGAUGGAAAACUUGGAGGAGUUGAUUCGAACUGGGAGGCUGCCGCUUCAGGACCAGCUAAAGGGGUUUGCAAGGCUAAAGGGAGCCCAAGGCACCCUGGAACAGGCAUACCUACAAGCUCGAGACGAAUUCCAGCAGCUGCAGAACAAUCAGCAACCUCUGGGGGUGGAAGAAGACUUUGAUCCUGACCGAGCGGUGGAAGGAGAGAUAUUCCAUCUGCAGAUGCACUUGGAGGAGCUGAAGGAGAGGAUUGGCCGGGCUUUGUGGGACCAGCCAAUUGCACAGAGCAGCACCGAGGCACCUCUCUCGACUCCCACCCAUUUUUCAGCGCAGCCUUCUGAGGCACAGAUGAGGUCGCCAGCGCCAUCUCUUCGAGCCCCAGUCCCGGCUGCCCGUACUGCGUACCCUCAGGUCCCUGUCCCCAAAAGCAGCCACAGCCGAGGCCAGGCAGAUGUAGAAGUGGGCUCCAUCAGCGAUGAGACCGGGGAGGAGGGAGAAGGCCUUCCUGAACCACUGCGGCACAUGCAGGUCCAAGUGGAGAAGGACUUUGAUCAGCUCCUGGACCAUUACAGCAGCUUCAAGUCUUUGCCCGAGGCUCUGAGCUUGGAACAGCUGGACCUCGGUGGACAUAACUUGCCCCCAGACGUAACAGAUGCUGCAGCCUCGGGGGACGUUGGGACAAAGGAAGGCUCACCCUUGACCGUGUCUAAAGAUGGCAAGGCUGCCCGCGUGUCUUCAGCAUCGCAGGAGCCUCAACGAAAGGAACCUCCUGAGCUGUUUUCAGGAAAGCCCCUGGAGCUAUCUCAACGGAUCAGCCGCUCACCAUCUGCCCCGGAAGAACUCGAGGCAGUCCCUCAGGAAUCAGCAGAGAAAAACAAGCCCUCUGCUGCUGUUCGCAAAGCAUCCUUGUCUAGGAGGCCGCAAGAGCACCUCUCGCCACAGAGCAGCAUGGCCGGUGUGACAGGCAGCGCUGUUCCCGAACACGUGGCCCGGAAGUCCUUGUGGAAGAACGAAACAAUAUUGCCCGAGGAUCCACGGCUUGUGUCCCCAGAGACGGACAGUGGAUUUGUGGGGUCAGAAGCCAGCAGGGUGUCCCCUUUGGCACAGACGCCAAAGCACCGUUCAACCCAGCUCAGGUCCCGUGGCAUGCUGGGAAAACCUGUUGGAGUAGCCUUCCAACCAACAUCUCCAAAGAAAGUGCCUGUUGCAAUGGAAAUGUUGAGGAUGAACACGUCGUCCAGGCACACACCACCAGAAGACGGUGUGCAGAGGUGCAGCCUGUCCAAAGGAACCCCAUUCCAGCUUCACUCCCCUCCCAGGUGGACAAACAGCAUUACCAGCGAGAUGGAUCCGGGCACAGAUGGCACUCUCACCGACUCUGAGGCUGAGGUGCCUGGUGGACUCGACCCUUACGAUACCCCUCCCGAUCAAGCGAGGCAGUCUCCUGUUUCCUCUGCCGAUUCGCUCUCUCCAGUCCGGACUCACCGCCACAGCCUUCUGGACUCCCGCUUGGAACGAGACCAGGCCAUCGCGGCUUUGCAGAAGGAAGUCUCUUGGCUGCGCCAGAGUCUGGAGGAGACCCUCCACCAGCCACACGGUGACCCAAACCGGGCAUCUUCCCCAUGCACUUCUACGCUCCGGGUGCCAUGCCAAGGCAGUGCCAGCUUCUCCACAAGUGCCAGUCCGAAGGGGUCUGACCACAUCCCCAUCUCAUCCAGUAGCCAAACGUCCAGGAAGAGCGCAGCUGCCUGUGAGGAUCCAGCUCUGAUCGAGGCAGACAGCUGGGCAAAGAAACCAUCGCUCCCACAAGACGGGACCCGGCUGGAUCUCAGCCCUUCAGAGUCUGACUACUCUCCACCAAAGCCCUGGAAAGGAAAGCGCCACGAAACCUCUGCUUCUAGAAUGAAAUCUCCAAAGCAGCCCAUCCUCCGAGGACCUUACACAGGAAUCCGGUACCCUGUUUUCAGUCCUGAAUCCCAAGAACCAAAGACCCUCAAAGGCUCUGCCCCCUGCCCGCAAUGCCAGGAUGCCAAGUCACAGCUUGAAGAAGAAUCCACAAGUGAGCCAGAAGCCAGAGACUCCAAAGGUUGCGACUCCCCAGGGGAUUCAUCCAGACCCUCCCAGCAAAAGACUCAAAAGAAGCCAGAAGGGCUCUGCCGUCUGUGCAAGGACGCUGGGAAACCAAAAAGUAAAGUUGUGCAUGGGAUAGACCAUGGCAAAGAGAACCCACUAGCGCAAAGCUCUGGAGCACAGCAGACCGUCAGCCGCCACCAUCAGCCACAGCAGCCUGGUCUCUGGUAUUGGGUAGUCCCGUCCCCUGCUUCGUCCAUCAGCUACGUCCCCACGAUUCCCCUGGCACCCUAUCCUCCAUCAUCUGUAACUUAUUGUUCUCCACUCAUGCCUCAAUCAACCUCCUCCCCAGCUGGUCCUUCUUACCACACCAGCAAGCACCAGGCUGCAGAGCCGAAAACCUGGACUUCUUGGCGCCAACCGCGAGAGGGUCCCUGUUGCUCUUUGGCGCUUGACUGCAGCAGCCUGCAGGACCUGAACUGGUCUCUGAGCCGUGCCGUGGGCGCCGCCAGGGAUAUGAAGCUCACCACCAAGCGGAUCAGCAGGUCUCUGGCUUCAGAUCUGAAUAAAGCGAGGUGUCUGCGAGGAUCCUGCCUCUUUUAGAAAGAGAGGAACCAAGAGGGGUGAAGGCCCUCUUCGCUGGAUUCAGCUGAAGUUGCAAAAUAAUAAUAAUUAUGGGUCCAAGGCACCCAACAUGUGAAGAAUUAGAGCCCUCUUAACUUUUUUGGAAGGCUGGCUGCCUCCAUCUUUGGGAGUCACAUUCUUGGAUGCCUCAACAGCCCUCAUGUGGAUUCCUGCAUGGGAGUUGAAAAGGGCCUCUAGGCCACAGGUCAGGAGUCUUCAAAGACUGCAAAAAGGGGGCUACUGCACGUAACCCUUUGUUUCUGCCCCUGGAAGAAGUGACAUCACUUCCCCUUUCUUGUAGCCGCCUCUGUGCCAUUCUUCAGGGCUUCUUCCGAGGUCAAAGGGCAGCAAAACUCCAAGCACUUCCGGGGAGGAAGAUGUGGUGUUUUCAUCGAACAGGGAUGACGAAAGAACAAUCAAUGACUGUACUUUUUUUUAAACAAAAAAAAAAAUGGGACACUGGUGGUAGCUUGAGUCUCUCUUUUUGGGAAGAGGCUUGGUGUACCCUCACGACAGCGCUAGAUCUUCCAGUUUAGGGUGUCCCGCACUUUCCCCGUUCCUCUUUGCUGUUCUCUCCUCACCCCAACCGUCUUUUUCCCUUAAUUCCUCUUGUCAGUGAGCUGUUCACUGGUCCCUCAGGACACAAAGCCUCUCCUGUCGCACAGAGGCGGCGAAGAUGGUACUUGCCUCCUCCUCUUUGCUUUAUUUAUUGUUCCAUUUAUUGUUAAGGAAACAAAGGAACAUAUGAAAGGAGGCAGCAACAAAUGCCUUGUUUGCCAAGAACCAUGCCUGCUCCUGCUGUGGAGUUAGUUCCAUUUUCGCGCCCCUCUUGGGAGCAAGGAUUGGUCCAAAGCUAUUCAUAGAGGACAAGGCGAUGUGCUCCCUCCCCGUCAAAGGCCUCUGAACACUGGAUGCUGAGAAUCACAAACAGGGAGAGGGCUCUUGCGCGCCGGUCCUACUUGCAGGCUUCCCAUUGGGGCAUCUGGUUGGUCACUGUGAGAACAGGAUGCUGAACAACAUGGGCCACUGGCCUAAUCCAGCAGGGCUCUUCUCAUGCUGAUCCUCUGACAGGAAGGCCCGCUUCUUCCACGUGGUUGAUGAAUUAAUUUCAUUCACUGUAAAUCUAUUAUAAGGCACCAUCACGGUGGAUUCCUGAUACGGCUCUGUCAUAUACUAUCAGUAAGCUCAGAGAGGGCCCCUAAACGCUUUGUGCUGAUCCUCGUAAGGGCUGGAUAUCUAUUGCAGCAACACUUACCUCAGGACUCUUGUGAUGCCCGUGUGUGUGUGUGAGAGAAAGAGUUUUAUUUUGCAAAGGGGUCAUUUGCAGCAGUCGGUCAUUUUUAAGAGCGAUGCAUUUUCUUCUGAAUAUAUAUUUCUUUACAUGCAUGGUUCCAAUUGCUGUGUGGUUCGGUACGGAAAAUAGAAGCAAACAUUGUGUGUCAA